AUGCCAAUUUCCUUCUAGUGUAACUAAAGUAGGUAAUACAACAACCAUAAUUUAGAUAAAGAGAGAAAAUGUUUUAAGGUAGAAAUAAUUUAUUAAAUCGUGAUGGAGAUAUCGAAGAAAAUUGUAAAAAGAUAAAGAAAGGUAGGAAAUGA